CUAUUAGACCCACUGCGGGUAUUUCUGCUCAGGCGAGCCCGAGAUUUCCCUUAGGCCGUUGCACAGGGCGGAGCCGGGUCAGGCAGAAGAUGGCGGCGGUGGCACGGGCAGUGGCGUUGCCACUACGGCUCCGGCUUUUAGCCGGGAGGCGGCUGCGCUUUUCAGAUAACUUCCAUCGCUGUUUCACAGUUUCAUCAGUUAUGAUGGAGAGGACCCAUGUCAACUAUGAAGUCAAAAAUGAUGUUGCGGUUGUGCGAUUUAACACACCAAAUUCCAAGGUUAACACUCUAUCCCAAAAGCUACAGUCAGAAUUUACUGAUGUGAUGAAUGAAGUCUGGGCAAAUGAUGCAGUCAGAAGCAUUGUACUUAUCUCAUCAAAACCGGGUUGUUUCAUAGCUGGUGCUGACAUCAAUAUGAUAGAGGAGUGUAAAACUGCUGAAGAGGUGGUUCGUUUAUCUCAAGAAGGACAGAAAAUUUUUUCGAAGAUUGAAGGGUCCACUAAGCCAGUUGUCGCUGCUAUCAAUGGUUCCUGUCUGGGUGGCGGUCUUGAGGUCGCAAUUGCCUGCCAGUACAGGAUAGCAACGAAGGACAGAAAGACAGUCCUGGGCACUCCAGAAGUCAUGCUUGGUUUACUGCCGGGAGCCGGUGGUACUCAGCGAUUGCCAAAGAUGAUUGGCCUUCCUAAUGCUCUUGAUAUGAUGUUGACUGGGAAAAACAUUCGAGCUGAUAAAGCCAAGAAGAUGGGUAUAGUGGACCAUUUAGUUUCUCCCCUGGGCCCUGGGUUGAAAACUCCAGAAGAGAGGACAGUGGAAUACUUGGAAGAAGUGGCAAUUAAUUGUGCCAGAGGAAUAGCAAAUAAAGAAAUUUCUCUUAAGAAGGAUCAGAAGCUGACUGACAGGGUUCAGUCUUGGGCAAUGAAGUUCCCUUUCAUUAGGGAACAGAUUUACAAAAUGGUGGAGAAAAAGGUGAUGGCACAGACCAAGGGCCUUUAUCCCGCCCCAUUGAAGAUCAUUGAGGUGGUGAAGACUGGAUCAGAGCAGGGAUCUGAUGCUGGUUACCUGAUUGAAUCACAGAAAUUUGGAGAAUUGGCAAUGACAAAUGAAUCAAGAGCUCUGAUUGGACUUUAUCAUGGUCAAGUAGAGUGUAAGAAGAACAAGUUUGGAAAGCCACAGAAAGAAUGCGAGAAUAUUGCUGUUUUAGGUGCCGGUCUAAUGGGUGCUGGUAUUGCACAAGUCACAAUUGAUAAAGGCAUUUCAACGAUCUUAAAAGAUACUACAUUAGAAGGACUUGAAAGGGGUCAACAACAGAUCUACAAAGGACUGAAUGAUAAAGUAAAGAAGAAGGCUUUAACAUCAUUUGAACGUGAUAGAAUCCAUUCAAAUCUGAUUAGUCAGUUAGACUAUGAAGGAUUUGAGAAAGCAGACAUGGUGAUUGAAGCAGUAUUUGAAGAUGUGAAAAUCAAACACCAUGUCCUGACGGAAGUCGAAGCUGUUGUAUCCCCUCAUUGCAUUUUUGCUAGCAACACAUCUGCUCUUCCAAUUUCUGAAAUUGCUGCUGUCAGUAAGAGACCAGAAAAGGUAAUUGGAAUGCACUAUUUCUCACCUGUGGAUAAGAUGCAGUUACUGGAAAUCAUCACUACUGCUAAAACCUCCAAGGACACAACUGCAGCAGCUGUAACAGUUGGCCUCAAACAAGGAAAAGUGAUUAUUGUAGUUAAGGACAGCCCUGGUUUUUAUACAACAAGAUGUCUUGCACCUACAUUGGCCGAAGCACUUAGAAUCUUACAGGAAACUGGUGAUCCAAAAAAAUUGGAUUUGGUUACAACAGCCUUUGGGUUUCCUGUAGGCACUGCCACACUGAUUGAUGAAGUUGGUGUUGAUGUAGCAGCACAUGUUGCAGAAGAUUUGGGGAAAGCCUUUGGUUCUCGAUUAGCAGGUGGAAAUGUUGAAGUACUGAAAAGAAUGGCUGAAAAGGGAUUUUUAGGCCGUAAGACAGGCAAAGGUUGUUACCUUUACCAGGCAGGCGUGAAAGCCAAAAAUUUGAAUCCUGGUGCUAAGGAAAUUCUAGAUCAUUUAAAACUGCCUGGAAACCCUGAAGUUUCAACAGAUGAAGAUAUUCAAUUGCGUUUGGUAUCAAGAUUUGUGAAUGAGGCGGUAAUGUGCCUUCAAGAAGGAAUAUUAAGUAACCCAGUUGAAGGAGACAUUGGUGCUGUUUUUGGCCUAGGGUUCCCACCACAUCUUGGAGGGCCUUUCAAGUUCAUAGAUUCCUACGGAGCAAGCACACUAGUUGACAAGCUGUUGAAAUAUGAAAAUGUUUAUGGUGCUGAGUUCACACCUUGCCAGUUGCUGCUGGACUACGCAAAGGACAAAAGCAAGAAAUUCCAUCAAUAAAAUGAAAUUUCUGCUUGACUAAACUAAACCAAUAAAAAUGUACAUUCUUUGCUGAAUGUGACACUGUAAAAAGGUUGCAUUUUGUAUACAUGAUCUAGUUUUAUCUGAACAAUUUAAUAUUAAAUGACAUGCAGUCUAAUAACUCAAUACUGGAUCUUUUAGUCCAUUUUGAUUAGUGCCUUCAAUUACAACUUGUUUGCGUAUCUCUUCUACAUAUAUAUAUAUCGCUGUUCAAUUUUGCACUUAAAUUUGUCCAGUUUCUUUGUGAAGCUUGGUAAGUUCAUAUCAGAUUUGUCUACUUAUAAGGUAGCAAUAAAGCCAUUCCAAUGCAAUCUUUAAAAUACAAUAAUAUUUUGACCCUUAAUAACUUAACUGACUAGUAUAUUUAGAAACAAUAUUCUGGGUUGGUAAUCCACUAUAAAACUCUUAAGUAGAAAGUGGGAUCCUCUUUAAUUUACCUGCACAGAAAUGGUCCAGUUUGGCAAAUGAAUUAAAUACCAUUUGAAUUUAAAAUAUGAAUGUUUGAUUUAAUGUUAUAUUUGCUACAUUAUACAGAACAUAAACUGUAAAAAUGUGUAUUUCCUAACUUGUUUAUUUUAAGGUGAAGUAGUUUUAGCAUGGUCUGACCCUUUCAAUGAGAUUUUAAGAAAACCCUCCAAACUGUAGAUAGCUUCUUAUUCUAAUUGUAACCCCAGUUUUACAAUUAAGGCUAGCACUAAGAAGAAAAGGGAAACUAGUAUUACUCAAUAUUCACAACUUGUUUGGGAGCUGUGUAUGAGGGCAUUUUGAUAUGGACAUGUUAAAUUAGGUGGUAGUUGUUGUCUAGGCUAAUACAGCAAGGCCGUUGCUUUUUAGCAGUGUGAGCCCAAAGAGUGUCCAAAUUAGUGUCAGUUCCCUCAGCUAAGAUUUGCACAGGAAUUUAAAAGAGCACUUCAAUGGUAACACUUCAAAAGAUGUCAGCCCUGAUAUUAGUCUUUUAGCAUGACACAAACAUCCUAAUGUCAAAAUUCUUUAAUUUGGUCAUAGUAAAAGUUUCCCACAGCAUCAAAAACAAAAGAAAAUUAAUGUUAUUGCUAAAUUAAAUUGGUGUAUAUUAUGAGAGCAAAAGAUGUUCUUUCCAACGUGGAAGUCAAGAUUUAGAAUUUAUUGUAUUCAGGAAAAGAUGUUUGUGCUUUUGUAACGCACACAAAAUGUUGGAAGAACUCAGCAGUUCAGGUAGCAUCUAUGGAAAAGUCGAUGUUUUGGAUCGCGCCCCCCCCCCCUUUCAGGACUGGAAAGGAAGGGGGAAGACAGCAGAAUAGAAAGGUGGGGAGAAGGAGUACAAGCUAGAAGGUGAUAGGAGAAGUGACAUGGGUGGGAAAGAUGAAGGGCUGGAGAAGAAGGAAUCUGAAAGGAGAGGAGAGUGGACCAUGGGAGAAAGGGAAGGAGGAGGGCACCAAGGGGACAUGAUAGGCAGGUGAAGAGAAAAGACAGGCCAGAGUGGAGAAUAGAAAAAGAGUGAAGGGAGAGGGAAAAAAUAAUUAACAGAAGGAGGAAUCUUUUGACAUCAAAUUAGCAUUUGCAGAUUCAAAUUCUGCGUUGUAUUAAGACAUUUACUGUAUUAGUGUUAAUAAAUCAUUCGAGAUUGGG